AAGGAUGAUUCCCAGAGACUUCUGGAAAGCUUCAACUCUGAUGAAAAAGAGCACACACUCAUGAAACGUAAAGCAGAACCCUAUACGUCAAAAGAGGAAAUGGUGCUGGAGGAAAGUGAGUCUCCUCUGAACAGUAACGUCACGGCAUUUGCAUUAAAGGCAAAAGUGAUCUAUCCCAUCAACCAGAAAUUUAGGCCUUUGGCCGAUGGCUCAUCGAAUCCAUCUUUGCAUGAGAAUCCAAAGCAGGCGGCUCUACCUAAUCAGGUCAUGGAGACAUCUACGUCAGGCAGCCUGGGAUCCCUCAGCCAGGGAGGCAAGGAGGACUGCAGUUCCUCCACAACAAUACAUUCCACAACAAGCGAUGACAGAUUUCAGGCUCGAGCCUUCCUCAAGGUGACCAGCUUCCCUGAAGUGCUAAUGUGUGAGAGCUUUGAUGUUAAGCUCUGCCUUUGCAGUCUUAUGUUAAAAGAUCUCAUGCUUCUUGAUACUGAACUCAGAAAAGAAAAACAUGUGAUGUUUAUUCAGGUUCUCAAAAUAUACCUCACAGACUUUUAUCAUAAAAAGAAGAUUACCGAUGAUUUGUUCAAGAAGAUCCUUUUAAUUCAGGAAAAUGAUUUUGAAGAAUUACAGAAACAACUUGACUCUAGACUCCAGAAUACUGAGAUGUCAGGAGCCCAUAAUUCCGAGUACCAGACUCUAGAAGACUUAGAAAGGAAAGAAAGAGAAUAUUCUGAGCACAUAAUAGAUAAU